GGGGCCAGGGGAGGAGGGGCGCGUGACGAGGAGCGGGGCCUCGAGGCAGAGCAAGGAAGGCAGGCAGCGGGAAGUUCGUUACUCCGCGGCGGCGGCGGCGGCGUUUGGACCCUUGAGAGCCAUGGACCCGCGGAAGCUGAAGGAGCUGCGGAGCUUUGUGAAGCUCUGCAAGCAGAACCCGGCCCUCCUCCACACCGAGGAGCUCCACUUCUUCCGGGAGUGGCUGGAAAGCAUGGGAGGUACAAUACCACCAGCUUCCUGUAACACUUCGACAGAAGGGUCUGAUGAGGCAAAAACAAACGAAACAGAAGAAACAAAGUCACCAGAAGAUCCACCAAAACCACCAGAGCCAGAGAGUGAAGAGAGUGAUUUAGAGAUUGAUAAUGAAGGGGUUAUUGAACCAGACAAAGAUGAACCUCAGGCAAUGGGAGAUGAAACUGUUGAGGUAACAGAAGAGAUGAUGGACCAAGCUAAUGAAAAAAAGAUGGAAGCUAUAAAUGCAUUAGGUGAAGGUGAAUUUCAGAAAGCCAUUGAUCUGUUUACAGAAGCCAUAAAGCUGAAUCCUCAACUGGCUAUACUGUAUGCCAAACGGGCCAGUGUAUUUGUGAAAAUGCAGAAGCCAAAUGCUGCCAUAAGAGAUUGUGACAGAGCCAUUCAGAUUAACCCUGAUUCAGCACAGACCUACAAAUGGCGAGGAAAAGCUCACAGGCUCUUAGGUCACUGGGAAGAAUCUGCACGUGAUCUGGCUUUGGCUUGUAAACUGGAUUAUGAUGAAGAAGCUAGUGCCAUGCUGAAGGAAGUGCAGCCACGAGCUCAGAAGAUUGCAGAACACAGGAGAAAAUAUGAACGAAAGCGUGAAGAAAAAGAAAUCAGGGAAAGGAUGGAAAGAGUAAAGAAAGCCCGAGAAGAACAUGAAAAAGCUCAAAGGGAAGAAGAAGCACGUCGACAGGCAGGAGGACCUCAAUUUGCUGGUUUCCCAGGUGGCUUCCCAGGUGGUUUUCCUGGUGGCAUGCCUGGUGGAAUGCCUGGUGGAAUGCCUGGGAUGGGCGGCAUGCCUGGACUUAAUGAAAUUCUUAGUGAUCCUGAAGUUCUUGCAGCCAUGCAGGAUCCAGAGGUCAUGGCAGCUUUCCAAGAUGUUGCCCAGAACCCAGCAAACAUGUCAAAGUACCAAAAUAACCCCAAAGUCAUGAAUCUCAUUGGCAAAUUAUCAUCCAAAUUUGGAAGUCAAUCAUAAAAUCCUCUUUGAUUGCAAGACAUGGGGGAAGUAUUGAUUGUUUACUGUACGUUGCAAUAACACAAACCAUUGUACCUCUGAUUCUCUAAAGAGAACUGGAGUGCUCUGGGAAGAAUCCUCUCUCCUCCCUCCAUGCAUCCGAAUUAAAUGGCAGCCAGUUCAUGAUUGUAUCCAAAUUCUGUUUGAAAAACACUUUUCCCCCUUGUCACUAUCUUUGCCCUGUCUUACUCAACAGUAGUGCAGUUCACUUUUGUAUUUCAUUAAAUGUAAGCUUCCAGUAGAUUGUACCAAAAAGUGUAGGAGGGGUGGUUUGGGGUGUGUUUUUUUUUAAAGUAGUGGAAGUGAGGGAAGAUAAUUGGGGGUGUUUUUUAUAAUGGUGUUGGGUUUCUGUUUCCCAGUAACUGGAAUUCUUGUUCUGACAUGAGCAAGUGCGGCUCACUGUUUCUAUUUUCAUGAGAAGUAAUAGUACACAACUCAUAUUCACUAUUUACAUUCACAAGGGUGACUUAAAACAGUUAAAAUCAAACUCUUAUUAGAUCAGAUCCCUGCAACAAGGGAAAAUGCCCUUACUGUUGCACGCUUUAGCUCUAAAUAUUUUAGUGCACGUGCUAUUGAAGCUGGACUGCUUACACUAUCAAAGUUUAGCAGAGUAACAGGUUUGUCAAGGUAUGUAGGGGGCAAAUGUUUCUAUCAGCAUUAAUAACCUAAUUGACUUCAGUGUUUGGGAAUCUUUUUGUUGAACUGAAUUUACUUUUGGACAUUAUUGCCUGGCUUAACUUCUUAAUAUAAUUGGAGGGAAAAUAACUGAAUCCUAUCACCUUCUUGCAUUAAUUUUUUGAAUAGUUCGUAAUGCAGAUAUACAAUAUAGGUUUGUUAAUGGCUGAAACUCUGGAUUCUGAGAUCAUGAAGCUCCUAAUGAUCAUACAUAUCUUGGCCAGAUCCUUUAGAUUUGAUGAUAUUACUUCCAUUCAUUCAGUUGAAUACUUUCAUAUAACCCCAUCAUCAAUCUCUAAUAUUAGUAGUUAUAUUUUUGUUAAUGUCAUACUCUAAUAUUGAUACUUGUGCAGGUUAAGAGGGAGAGGUAAAGUGCUGGAAUAGCAGCUCUUAAGUGUAAUUACAGCAUGUGUAUUCGCUUGAACACCUUGCUGAAAUGUUCAUCGAUAAUUAAUGCAAUUAAACUUUCUUUUUUGUCAAUACUAAUUUCUGCUCUUAAUGUUGGAAAGCUUAUAGUAAUUAAGUCUUGGUCUCUUCUAGAACUUUUCAGUGUUUCCUGUUCUGUGCUCUUGUAAUUUUGUCUGAAUCAAUUAUUAAUGUGUUUUCUGUUUUUAAUUAAACUUGGUCUGGUUUAGGAACUCAACAGAGUCCAAAAAAUAAACUCCAGAAAGAUUUUUUCCCUCAUACAUUAAUUAUCUUGUCAAAUAAAUCAAACGAUGAAUUCAUUUUUGCUUAAGAAAUAGUUCUAAAAAUACUUCAAAAAUAGUUGCCUUUAAAGAUAAUAAAGAUUGGUUUUGAAGAAA